CCCUAGUCGUUCUCACGCUGCUUUCUCACUUGCGCGUGUCUGUUCGAUGCAGUACAAACACGUACACACACUUGCUGUCGCCGUCUCUCACUCGGUCGCUCGUUAACGCAAGUGCACCUUAGGUGCGAAAUCGUAAUAUAUACACACACACACUACUGCAGCAGCAGCAGCAGCCAAAACGUCGCUACUCGGCCGUUAAACCAGUGCGUCGGGCGAAUCGCCCCAGAUGCGAGGCAGUGCGGUGCAGCCGAGCCAAAAGUCAUCGCGAUUCUUGCACACUACGAAAAUCUGAUAUAAGUGAUACAUAACCAACAAUUGCCAAAGUCGUUGCUGUCGAUACUCGUCGCCGCCGUCAUCGUCGUCGUCGUCGUCGUUACGCAUACGACAAUUUUCUAUUGUCGCUAAUGUCAAGUCUUCGUAUGCAUCUUUAAUUUUGCAACUGACGUGUUGUUUUGUCACUCGAAUCGACAGUUUGCAGCAGUUCACACGACUGCGAUAUACAUACUGUUACCCGAGCAAGUCAACGGAGUAGACGUAUCAGCUAUGCGCCAAAACGAGACGGCCAAUCUUAAUGUAAAUUCUUGUCAUUACGUAGGAGAAGAAUAAAAUGCUAAUGCGUCGCGUAUUGAAACCAAUCGAGCUGCGGAAAUCCCAUCAACUAACAAUGUGAAUUACAACUGACCGCCAAGAUAAAAAAAAAAAAAAUUAACAAGUGUCGCGAAUGUUCCAAGCGGUAAAUGUUGUUGGCGUUGUUGUUGCUGCUUCUGCUGCUAACUGCAUAACAAAACGUCUGCUUCUAGCCCCUAAAGCUGCUGAAUACACACAUUGUGGAAUUUUCUGGAUGUCUUAGUUUUUCACAAACUAGUUAAAUUUUUAAUUAUACAAAAUGGAGAUUAGAAUUCACAAGUUUUUCAGCAUUUUGAUGAGAGUGCCACCAAUAUUUGUCAUUGACACAUUACUCAAAGUAGGCCUGGGUACUUCAAAUGAACCCUUGGUCUAUAAUAGUACAGAUGAUGGUUUUCAAUUGGUAGAUAGUCAAAAUGAUUUUUUUGAAACAGUUGCAACUGCUGGAAAUUCAGUGUUUAGUAAUCAAGUUUUGUCUGGGUCUCAGAUUACAAACGAUUUAAAUUAUGGACCCCUAAACUUUAUUUUAGAUCUUAAAUCCAUUGGAUGUUUUCUUGGUUGUAUAGCAGCAUUUUGUAUCUUUUUACUUUGGACACGACAUCUCUUGAUAGUGUACAUUUACUUAGCAUCUUUGGCAUGCCUUUUUCUUUCAUAUACAUGCAACUCAUUUACAAUGAAUGCGGUCAUAUCUUAUAUGGAAGCAGAUAAUACAGGGAUCGGACUUUUUGCUCUAUUAACCAAUCUUCAGCUAUCAGAUUUGUGGAAUGGUCCAGGAUGGCUAAUUUUUGCAAAUUAUUUUUUCCAAAUAGCUUUAGCUGUAGUAUUCUAUGGAUUGUAUAAUGGGCCAAAACAUCCUAUGUUACAGUAUUUUAUUAUUUUCUGUUUCUCAGUGCCAUCAUACUUUGUAGUUUAUCCUGUUCCUGCAAGCUUCAUGCUAAAAGCCCCUCCAGUUGCAGCUUUUUUCCCUUUAGCCAUAAACAUCUUUUGGCUAUGUUACAAUGCCUUUGAAAUUUGGAGAACAAUUUAUCGUGGCUAUGAUCUUCUGCGUAAUUUUGUUUCUAACUAUGGACUUUCAGCUUUAUUUGAAACUCAAUGGGCUCGUCUUCAUGUUCCAUCAGUGUUACGAACUUUUUGGCUCUUACGCGUCUCGUGGCAAAUCGCGCGGAUUCUGUUCUCUGAGUAUGAACAUGAAGAUUUUAAUUAUUAUGACAUGAUUAAAACGCUCAUGGUGAACGGCUGUGAAACAGUAACAGCAGUACUAGGCAUGACCAGUGUUAUUUCUGUCAUUUGUCAUUAUAUUGGUGAUUUCUUCCAAUGGGUUUUGCUAAAUGAAGAAGAAGAUGAAAAAAGUAUUGGUACUAUAUCAGCUAUACUCUUCUAUAUUUUAGCCCUUCAAACUGGACUGACAUCGCUAGACACAGAAAAUAGAUUACAAAGACUCUGUAGAAAUUUAUGCUUACUUUUUACAGCAGUGUUGCAUUUUGUUCACAAUAUAGUUAAUCCACUAAUGAUGUCAUUAAGCGCAUCACACAAUCCAGCAUUACAUAGACAUUUAAGGGCUUUAGCUGUAUGUACUUUCCUCAUCGUCUUUCCUGUUUGGCUACUUAGCUUCCUUUGGUCACAAUAUCCAAUGACCACUUGGCUACUUGCAGUCUCUGUGUUUAGUAUUGAAGUUGUAGUCAAAGUUAUUGUGUCACUUGCCAUCUAUUCGCUCUUCCUAUAUGAUGCUUACCGGAAAAAUUUCUGGGAUGAGCUGGACGACUGGGUUUACAUAAUAAAAUCUUUCGGAAAUACAAUAGAGUUUGCAUUUGGCAUCAUUUUGUUUUUCAAUGGGUUUUGGAUCCUUGUAUUUGAAGCUGGUGGUACGAUCCGCGCAAUCAUGAUGUGUGUACAUGCUUACUUUAACUUAUGGUGUGAAGCAAAGGCAGGUUGGACCACAUUUAUGAAGCGGCGUCAAGCAGUUAAUAAAAUUAAUUCCUUACCUAGUGCAACGCGUCAACAGCUCAUUGAUCUUAAUGAUGUCUGUGCUAUAUGUUACCAAGAUAUGGAAAGUGCUAAAAUUACCUGUUGUAAUCACUACUUCCAUAGUAUAUGUUUGAGGAAGUGGUUAUACGUGCAAGAUAGAUGUCCGUUAUGUCAUGAUAUCAUGUACAAAGUCAAUAAUAGUCAAAAUGAGCCUGCUGCGGCUGAAGAACCAGUAGAAAACGGGCACAGAAUGAAUGUUAAUAAUGAAGAUGAUUGAUCAAAUAUAAAGGAGUUUAUUUAGAGCAUGACUUUAUUUAAUAAUAAUUACCAUGGCCGCUUGUAAAUAUUUUUACCUGGCUAAUAGACAAUUUAUUAAACCAAGUAAGUGGUCAAAAUGAAGACUUCUAUUUGUAUCCAAGGCGAAGUUUAUGGGUCAUUGGUGUAGCUGCUUUGUGAUAUAUGUAUAAAUAAUGAUAAAGGCAAGCAACGGAUGACGACGAAUUAUAAAUAUUCAACAAUCAAUUAAUAAAAAUUAAGCUUGCGCACAAGUUGGACAAGGGAACAUUGUAUGUGAGAAUGCAUGCGUUAUAAAACAUGAAAAGACUGUCACGAUUAUGUAUACGAAUAAGUUUUGGUUUUUAUGCAUUGCAUAAGUGUGUUAAAACAUUACCUGCGUCAUUUCUUAAAUAUGAUACAUUCCGAAUAAAAUCUAGGAGUUGUAAUGUGAAAAAAGCAAUUGUACUCUCCAAGUUGAAGCCAUUUAUUUUAAAAAUUUAUAAAAUAUUUCGGUCCGAUCAUUUUUUUUUCGCUUUAAACGUGAGAAAUAAUAGGUGAAAAUUAAUAUUAUCUACUUUAAGAUUAGGUGCGACUUUUUUUGUUUUUGAAAAUACGUACAUAGUUUUUAAUAUCUGACGAAUCACGAUGUCGUAUUUAAGACUUCGUCUUCUCUCUAAUUUAUUAAUAAUUAUCAAAGCUUUUUUUAGGUAGUCAAGCAAAUCAUGCGUUUAAAACUAUAAAAAUAAAAUAUAGGUAUGCUCACCCUAAUUAAAAAAUUUUAUUUAUUAAAUGAAAAAGAGCUAACAGUGGUUGUGACGACGAACUAAUCAUACGUGAAAAAAAUAAAUAAAAUUUACAAAAAAGCUCAAAUAACUAUCUGAAAACAUUAAUUUUAACAUCAAGCAAAUGAAAAUGUUUAUAGUUCAACUUAGAAAUCAAUUAUGAGAUUAUAAUUGAAACAAAUUUCAUUGAUAUUUAAGAAAUGAACGAAAUUUAUCAUAAUUUUACGUUUUCUUUCAAUUCUUCAUAUUUAAACGACGUUAUUUCAUACUUUUCCUUGCAUUUCGUACCUCAAUUAGGAAGAAAUGAAUGUACAUAAACUCGAUUUUUGCUACAAUUUGUUGAAAAUGUCGAAAUUAAUAAUUGAAGUCAUAUAAAAUUUAAGAAGCAGGCCAAGAAUGUCUGUUGAGGAAAAAACUUUAAUGUUAAAUAAUGUUGAGACACGAAGAAACAAUUUGAACAGUUUCUCAUUGCAUUAUAUAAUUUGUAAAAAAAUUCAUUUUGUUAGUUAUAAAUCGUUCGUUUAGAAUAAUGAGUAAUACUUAUUAAAAACUUUUUUUUAUUCUUUAAAAUUAUUUAACUAGAAAAAUAUAAAUUAGAUUGCGUUUGGAACUUAAUCGUGUUUCAUACUGCGAAGCGCUUUCUCACUGUUAUAAUUUCUUCUUAUUGUACAUAGAAGUUUAAUUUUAAAAUUCAUGAAUGAGGGAUGAUUGGCGAGAUAUCAUUCAGAUUCAUUAUAGUUGUGCACUUAUAUUUGUAUGCACAAGAGAAACGUGUGUGAUAUUUGAACACAAAAUGAAGAAAAUAGCAAUUUUAUUUCUUUAAUUGAUUGAAAUAUUUUCAUAUUGUGCUCAAUUAUUUAACACAUUUUCCUUGUAACACGCGCCUGAAUGAUACCUUGCCGAAUAAUUUUUGAACAAAUACUUACAUGAUUGUAUAUUUAUCUACGAGUUUUCUUUUGUACAUAGAUGAAAAAUUUGACUGCAUACAUCUCCAAUAUCUAUUCAUAUAUUAUAUAGAUGUUUGUUUGUAAAUAUGCUGCGACGAGAACCUGAGAAAUUAAUAUCAAGAUAAAAAUACAAGAUCGGUCAAUUAUAGUUUAAUCUGUAACGAGGGAAAAGGUGCUAAGACUUGUUAUGAAUAAUUUUUGUAUGAUUUAUUAUGUUUGCCAAUUAUUAUCGAUUCGCAUUAACGAAGCAUCGUUCUGGGCGAGCCAGCUAUUGUACGCUGAUUGCACAGUUUUUCUUUUACUUUUAAACAUGAAUGUUACGUUGAUCGAAAUGAAGGUUUUUGAAAAUAUUGCUCAAUAAAUGUUAUAUUUUUACGAGAAAAA